AAUGGCGGUCGUGUGUUUGUGCUUUGUGUAUUAGUGAUUUUAAAAAUUAGAAUAACAUAUUAUUUUCUCGUUAUUUUAAUGGUAAAACUUAUAAGUAAUCGAAAAUAGUUUCUCGUGAAUCGUUUCUAUAGUGACAUUCCAAAAAGUGAAUUUAGGAAAUCGAAUCGAUGAAUGUGACCGACCGUUCGUAGAAUUCGUGCCCGGGGUGAUUUCUGAAAAACGAAUGUGGAUGCUGUUUUCUUGUGAAGUUUACUGACGAACUGUAGUUGAUUGAGGUUUAAACAUAAAAUAAAUGGAGUUUCUAUGACCGAGCCUGGCUUUUGCAACCUGUUGUCAGAAGCCGAUGGACAUUGCAUAGUUGCUAGCGUGGGGACGGCCGCCUCAAGAUGAUGGUCGAAACCAUCCUCGAGUCCUCGCAGGACUUUGGCAUGUCGAACGGCGUGCUGCCGCAAUGGAAGCGCGAGUUGCUGCAGCGCCGGGCGGCGCGCUCGCGGCCCGUCGCCGCGCCGCCCGCGCCGCCGCCCGCGCCCCCGCCCCCGCCGCCCGACGACGACGAGGAGCUGCGCUACGGGCCCGGCAUCGUCAAGCGCCUGCAAUCGCGCUACCUCAGCCUGGCGCUGCGCGAGGCGCCGCGCCGCCGCCCCUCCGUGCUGCGCCGCGCCGCCUCGCUCGAGCACAUGCUGGACGAGCGGCCGCCGCCCGCCCCGCGCGCCCGCGCGCCCCGCCCCGCCUCGCUGGCCGCGCCGCUGGCCUGCGCCGCGCCGCCCGCGCGCCGCGACUGCGUAAAGCGCGCGCGCUCCGUGGACGCGCUCAGCCGCCUGGAGCGCGACGAGCCGCCCGCGCCGCCGCCGCCGCCGCUGCCGCGCGCCGCGCGCCCUCCGCGCCGCGCCGCGCCGCUGCUGCGCGACGCCGAACGCCCGCCGCCCGACGUGGUGCGCUCCACGCUGCGCAAGUUCGAGAGCGCGCCGCCGCGGCGCGCGGCGCCCGCCGCGCGCGUGGCCGCCGUGCUGCGGGGCCUGGACGCCGCGCCGCGCAGCUCCACGCCCGAGCCGCGCGCGCGCUCGCCCAGCCCGGCCGACCUGUCCGCCAUCGACGAGCCCGAGGCGGCGCCCUGCGAGGCAAAGCGCGUUUCGCGCGCCGCGCUAGAGGGCAUCGCGCGCGCAGGCUCCAGCGUGCGCUACUCGUUCGCGGCGCCGCGCGCGGGCUCGCACCUGCCGCCGCUCGGCGCCACCAACCCGGUGCUGCUGGGCCGCGCGCGCGCCUGCGCCUCGCCGCGCCGCGUCGGCGUCAUCCGCCCCAUGCCCGCGCAGAGGGACCGCCCGGCGCAGUCGCCGCCGCCGACGCCGGGCCCCGACGACGUCGACGUCGCGGACGACAAGUUCGAGGAGGUCCAGCGCAUCGCGUCCCCGCCGCCGAUCGACGUCGAAACUUCGCCAAAGAAAGACCCACCCUCGGCUGCGAUCGAGCCGAUACCUCGAGCGCCUCCGGAAGAGAGAUCUCCGAUCGUCACACGGAAUGAUAUGUCAUCGACGCCGCCGACGACUCGCGAGACGACUCCGGAGCCCGAAGCUCCCCCGCGCCCACCGCCGGCGGCGCUAGAGUCGCCGAAGAUAGCCGCGAAGCCCACGAUCAACGGUCACGCGACCCCACCGAAACCCGUCGAAACGAAACCGAAGGGAGCGUUCUCGAAGAUCGGUGCCGCUGGAAUCGAAAGGGCGUGGACGGGAGCCGAGGACAGAAGGAGUCCGGGGGCCGCGAGAGACAAAGCCGAGAACGGCGACGCGAGCCCGGCGCCGGCGUGGGCGCGGGGCGGCGCGCGCGCGGCGCGGGGCGCGGCGCGGGGCGCGGCGCCGGGCGCCACGUCCGUGGUGUUCAACUUCUCCGGGCGCAAGGAGGUGCCCGACUACAUCGAGAACGACGGCAUCGUCCUGCGCGCCAGCCGCCGGAACAGGUUCAAGGUCAGUGCCCUAAGUUUUAUUAUAAGUGCGGGAACACAAAUGCAGACUGAACCGAUUUGUACCAAUCGCUCGUAGACUACCGAUUGAAACUUAAACGUUACAUUAAGUGGAACUCUGCAUAAAAAACGACGCGAAUUAACGCGGGUUAAGCUAAGGGUUAAACCUAGUACCAUACCAAAAAACUAAUUGGAUCAACAAGAGUAUCUUUGCCUACGAUUUCGUGGUCCUCGCAAUGUACUUAGUUCUGGUGCUAAUCGUGCUCGAACGAAAAAUUACCUGUAAACAUUUAAUUAGUCACAGCGCUAGAGAAACUGUAAAGAUGAAUAAAUUGACAAAGUGCAAUAUAAAUUAGAAAGACUCAUUAGAACAAUUUUAAUUCAGUUUUAACGUUUCAUAUUUUAUACUUUCUAAAUAAUAUUUCAAAAGUUUAAUCUUCAAUUACAGUUUUUUUUGACCACCAUGAUGCCAAUCUGGCCUUUAUUUCGUUGAAGCUAUCGAAAUUCUUUUAACUGUCUUCACUUAUGACCAAUAUUUGCAAAUUAUCAACAAUAUCAUCUUAUUAUAUCAUCCUUCAUUAACGUAAUUUAUGCUAAGUGGUGCCGUUUUUAUUUACUACCAUUCUUAUAAAACAUGCAGCCGAACGUGACCUAUGAGAAUACUUUAAAAUUAGACAAAUAAAACGAAAAGGUUUUGAUGGCCAGUAGCGUCCCACUAAGUUCAGUUCACGCCGGACCGCGUUUAAUCGCUCCAGAUUGUGUUGUAUCCGAAAACAAUAGCCUACGCUCGAACCGCUUCCAUUUCACGGGUCGCUCGACGCGUAAACGACGGAACUUAUUAUUGCCCGUCACUGUGUUCUCUUCUUCGGUGCAAUGAUCCCGUUGAAUCCUGGAGCUCCCAGCGGCGCUAUUGGCGCUUUUGACACUUAACAGCUAC